GGUCUCUCAAUGCCUCCAUCUCGUCGAACUGCCGUUUCGCGCCCUGCGCCCACUCAUUCUAAGACCGUCACAUCUCCAUCUGUGCCGGCAUCCACCCAGGCUAGGACCACUGCAGCUCCUCCUCCUCCUCCUCCUGCCUACAACAACGCACACCCUCAGCACCACGCCACUCCUGCUUCUGCUCCUCAUCCCAUGGCCCCCCCUCCUGCCAUGGCCCCUCCUGCCGCCCCCCCUGCUCAGGCACCUGGCGGCGGCGGAGGAUUCCUCUCUGGCAUUAUGGGAGGUGUCGUCCAGGGCAUGGCGCUCGGAACUGGCAGUGCCAUUGCUCAUCAUGCUGUCGACUCCAUCAUGGGUCCUCGCAAGGUCGAGCAUGUGCACAACAACGCUCCUGCCCCGGAAGCUCCUGCAGCUCCUGCGGCCCCAGCUGGCUCGAGUCCCAUGCAGUGCGCCAACGAGUACAGCACUUUCCAAGAGUGCGUGAAGAACUCCGGCGGAGACAUCUCUGCCUGCCAGUUCUACAUGGACAUGCUCACCAAGUGCCAGAGACAGUUUCCUUCUGCUUAAAUGCCACCGGACCAGUACAGCUGCUGCGAGUGUGCUGCAAGUAUUUCCAACGAAGGAAAGUUUGGUAAAGGAAAACAUCUUGUUGAUUAAAGUUAGUGAUUGUAC